AUGGUGUUUUAUUUUACCUCGGAUGUUGUUGAUCCCCCGGCGUUCAUCUAUGUCGGAAAAGACAAGGAGGAAAGUUCGUCAACUCAAAAGUACCUACCUACUCCUAUUGCUGCCUUGAAACUGAUACAGUGGCUCUUCGUAGACGAGGAUUUGAUCAAGUAUGGACUAGAAAAUGACGUUUGGGUUCGUGAAAUGCGGCACGGCAAAACGCAAUUGUUCCAUGUCGAUAAUCUUUCGAGCGCGCACGUCUAUCUUCGACUAAAUGAGGGGCAAACCUGGGAAGACAUUCCUCCAAAGCUGCUUGAAGAUUGCGCCCAACUUACAAAGGCGAACUCCAUCGAAGGAAAUAAAAAGGAUAACGUUAGUAUAAUAUAUACACCAUGGUCGAACCUAUUGAAGUCGGCAUCAAUGGCAACUGGGCAGGUCUCGUUCCAUAGCACCAAGCAGACCAAGAAAAUAUUCGUUCCGGCUCGCCAAAACCCCAUAGUCAACAGGUUGAACAAAACUAAGGUCGAGAAGCACCCGGACCUGAAAGCUGAAAAGGAAGAACAUCUGGCUAAAAUCCGGAAAGAGCAGCGAAAAGUGAGGGAGGAAAAGCGCACGGCCGAGAAAAAAGAGCGAAAGGAACGGGAAGAAUUGAAAUGGCAAAAGGAACAUGCUUACGAUGACCUGAUGAGUGAGGAGAACGUAGUCCAGAGCAACAAUCAGGAUCGUGAUGAAAGCUACUUGGAUGAUUUCAUGUGA